AAUGUUUCUGUUUUAGAAUCUAGCUUGGGGGAGCCCGUGGUGCCUGGGAGAGGAGCCACCGCGUGGGCGCCCAGCAUGGACGGCUACACGGUCCUGCGUGUGAUCGGGGAGGGCUCCUUCGGCAGAGCCCUCUUGGUUCAGCAGGAAAGCAGUAAUCGGACGUUUGCCAUGAAGGAGAUAAGGCUCCCCAAGUCGUCCUCUGGUACGCAGAAUUCUCGGAAGGAGGCUGUUCUGUUAGCCAAAAUGAAACACCCCAAUAUCGUUGCCUUUCAAGAGGCAUUUGAAGCUGAAGGACAUCUCUAUAUUGUGAUGGAAUAUUGUGAUGGAGGGGACCUAAUGCAAAAGAUUGAGCUUCAGAAAGGAAGGCUGUUUCCCGAAGAUACGAUACUUAAUUGGUUCACACAAAUGUGCCUUGGAGUAAACCACAUUCACAAGAAGCGUGUGUUACACAGAGAUAUCAAAUCCAAGAAUGUGUUCCUCACUCAAAACGGAAAAGUAAAACUGGGAGAUUUUGGAUCUGCCCGUCUUCUCUCCAGUCCCAUGGCGUUCGCUUGUGCUUAUGUGGGAACACCUUAUUAUGUGCCCCCGGAAAUUUGGGAAAACAUGCCUUAUAACAAUAAAAGUGACAUCUGGUCCUUGGGGUGCAUUCUGUACGAACUCUGCACGCUGAAGCACCCGUUUCAGGCAAAUAGUUGGAAAAGCCUUAUCCUCAAAAUAUGUCAGGGGUCCGUGAGCCCCCUGCCAUCUCAUUAUUCGCGCGAGCUUCAGCAUCUCAUCCAGCAGAUGUUUAAAAGGAACCCCGCGCAUCGCCCCUCGGCUACCACGCUCCUCUCCAGGGGCGCGGCAGCCCGGCUUCUCCACAAGUGCUUCACCCCAGAGAUCAUCAGAGAAUAUGGCGAGCAGGUGUUAGAAGAAACCAAAAAAUCUAAGCAUAGCAAACCAAGAGAAAAGGCGGAGUCCAGCAGAACCAGGAUCUCUCUGGAGAAAGAAGCAAACACUGUGCAAGAGGAAGAACAAGGUAGAACAUGCAGCCACACUAAUUUAGAAGGCAUUAAUAAAAACUCAGUCGCAAGUACAGCGAGGAGAGUAAACAGAGAAGAGAAAGAGCCGGUUAGUGAAUCGGUCCAUCCGAGGAAAGCCAGGUCGGCAAGUUCUCCCAGGCGACAGUGGGAGAAACGUGCACCCACAGCAGCGCUCACGGCUUUGGGAGCUACAGCUGUUCUCACCUCCAGUGUCGCCGCGGAGGAUGACAGAGGCGGUUCUGUGAUAAAGUUCGGUGGACAUAAUACCCGUAAGCAGUGGCUCAAGGAGACCCCCGAGGCGUUGCUGAGCAUCCUUCAGAAUGCGGACCUCAGCUUGGCCUUUGAAACCUACACGAUAUAUAGACCAGGUUCAGAAGGGUUCUUGAAAGGUCCUCUGUCGGAAGAAACUGAAGCAUCAGACAGUGUUGAUGGAGGUUAUGAUUCUGUCAUUUUGGAUCCAGAAAGACUCGAACCUAGACUGGACGAGGAGGACACGGACUUUGAGGAGGAAGAUGACGUGGACUGGGUGUCGGAACUGAAGCGGCGAGCUGGCUGGCAGGGAGCACUUGAUGGCUGACGCGCCGGGAGGCACAUGCUCCUUAGUCACACUGAAGGUGUGUUCAAAGGGAGGAGUCAACGUCUGGACAGUAUUAGCUCACAGAAUGUGUGUUCCCUUGGAAGCAGAAUAAAGAGGGUGUGGGGGGAGAAGGACUAUGAAUAUUUAAAAUUGUUCCUGAUUAGUAGUAUGAGAUUUAAAAAAUCUGCAAUAAGGUAGACCGUGAACCUCUGUAUCACUGAAUUUUAGCAAACCUUCC